GUAGAUGAUAAAUCGAAACAAAAGCUCCUGCAAAAAAAAAAUCGAAACAAACGCCCUAUAACAACAGUUACAAAACCCAGAGACGGACAUUAGAUUGGAACUCAACCUGCCGGAGUUGGUCGUCAGCCGCCACAGAAACGCUGAGAAAGAAUUCCGUUCAGAGAGUAGGGCUAUCCUGAAAUGGGUUGGAAAGCAGCUGAGAAGCUCAUUAGGCAUUGGAAAGUUCUUAGAGGUGACAAUGUUAUGAUAAUAAGGGGCAAAGAUAAGGGCGAAACUGGAGUAAUUAAACGUGUUGUUCGCUCUCAGAAUCGUGUCAUUGUUGAAGGCAAAAAUCUGGUAAAGAAGCAUAUCAAGCAAGGACAAGGCCAUGAAGGUGGAAUCUUUACUGUUGAAGCCCCAAUCCAUGCCUCAAAUGUGCAAGUUCUUGAUCCAGUCACAGGGAAACCUUGCAAGGUUGGAACCAAGUAUCUUGAAGAUGGUACCAAAGUCAGAGUGUCCAGGGGGAUAGGAGCAUCAGGGUCCAUUAUCCCUCGUCCCGAGAUCUUAAAGAUAAGAACUACACCAAGACCUUCUGUCGCUGGUCCCAAAGACACUCCUAUGGAAAUUGUGUUGGAGAAAACUUACGAUUCUAAAACAGGAAGGGGUAUGCCUGAACUUUAAGCAAGGAGAUAGAUAUAUUAGGUGCCUUAUCCAAUUAGAUAUUUGCUAUCUCAAUGAGCAUGUUGUGGUAUGAAACCCGCAUCAUGAUUUGUCGCAUCAUAAUUCAGUUAAAUAAAUCGUUUUCAGAUUUAUGGGAGUUACCAAUCACUUGUUCUUUCACUUAAUAUAUAUAGACAUCACUAGUAGCUUUCAAGAAUUUAUGUUUUUGCCUCUAA